UUAACGUUCAUUGCAUAGUUGACAUCUCCCAUCUUAAAGGGGUAUACCAGCGAGCAGUCGCGUAGAUUUCCAUGGGCAAAGAAAAGUCUGAGGCGCACACAAACAGUCGCACGAGCAUCGCGCAUCAGUGAAUGAGAGAUCCACAGGUCGUGAACAAUCAUGUCGACGCUGCUGGAUCUGAAGAGCAGUGUACUGAGGCAGGUGCAGAGGAGCCAGUCUCUAAGGACCAGGAGAGAACCCCCGGCCGAGGCCAGCGCUGGUGGAAGUCCCCCAACGAUUGCUCGGCGCUCUGGCACCAUCGUACACAGGGUUGCCAGGGGAAACGGGGAGUUCUUUGACCGCAUGAAUAAAAUCCUCCAGAAACAGGAUAGUCUGCUGUCUGCUGCCCAAACUGAGGAGGAGAGCUGUGCUCCUCCACCCCCAGAGUGUAAGGAUCAGGCUUUUGUUCCAGAGAGAGCCAACAGGGAUGAGCUCGACUUGUUAUAUGAGGAGGCGAUCUAUACGGUGGUCAAUCUGGUUGGGGUGCCGUCGCCAGAGUAUGUCACCAAUGAAGGGGAAAUUUUCAGCUAUCUGCAGAAGGUCUUUGAAAUGGGUCAAGAGGAACAUGACAUCAUCCUACAGAGAGUUCGAGAAUCAAAGAGAGCCAACUUCUCUCUCAGGGUCUCCGUAAUGAAAGGCAAGAAUCUGAUGGCCAAAGAUGCCAAUGGCUACAGUGACCCCUACUGCAUGCUGGGAAUUCUCCUGGGACAAUCGCCCAAAGACACAGAGGAGAAGAAAGAGAGGAAGUUUAGUUUUCGUAAGAGACGGGAAAAGUUAGACAAGCGCUCCAGCGUUAAGGAAGUUCUUGCGGGAAGGGAUAUCCAAGUGACCGACGUCAAACCCGAGACCCUCAAUCCAGUGUGGAACGAACACUUUGUCUUCGAUAUUGACGAUGUUCACAAUGACCUUCUGCAUUUGGACAUAUGGGAUCACGAUGACGAUGUUUCUGUUGCAGAAGCCUGUAAGAAAAUGAAUGAAAUCAGCGGAUUCAAAGGAAUGGGAAGAUAUUUCAAGCAAAUCGCCAAAUCAGUGCGAUCCAAUGGAGCAGCUGCGUCUGGAAGUGAGGAGAAUGCUGACGACUUCUUGGGCUGCAUCAACAUCCCAUUGAAUGAGAUCCCGGUUGUUGGUUAUGAUAAGUGGUUCAAGUUGGAGCCGAGGUCCAGCGCCUCUAAAGUUCAAGGAGAAUGUCACCUGAUUCUUCGACUCUUUACCACUCAGAGAGACACAGCGCUGAAUAAAAUGGCCUCCAACGUAACCAUUCACAAGAAGAUGCUGAGCCAGAUUCUGGAGUAUGAACAUAAUCAAAUUAAGAAGGAGCCUUUUAACUGGAACGGGCAGGUGUGCGCGGCCGCGUGGACCGUGCUCUCCCAUCACGCAGUGCAGGCCGACCUCUCUCCCCAACAGCAGGCUAUCAUCCGUUGGCAGUGUUACAGCAGUCACCACCGCUCUCAGCGGAUGAGCUACGCGCUGCUCCUCAGACUGCUGAAAACAGUGGAGGCGGAGUGGGAGGAUGCCGGCGUGCAGGGCGAGCUGGAGGGUCUCUUGGCAGAAAGCUUCAGGCUUUACUGUGAUUACUGUCUGUCUCAAAUGAAGAGCAUGCGUCAAGUGUUCCCCUGCAACAAUUCAGCUGCCAUCAUACGCUGUGAACUUAUGCUCAGGAGUGUCGGUCACAUGCAGUCCAUGGCAGCUUUUAGAGCAGUGUGUUCAAACCGCAAUGAACUACACUUGGAAAUAGCAACAGUUAUAAAGAAAGGCACAGUUGAGUGGUAUGAAGGAAUAAUAUCAAACAUUAAACCGGAUGAAGGGACUUUGGAGGAACAGAUGAGGCGUUUGGUUCUGGUGGUCGAUGCAGUAUGUGCUGAUGUUCAGAGAGGACAAAAUGUUUACAACAAACUAUAUUACAGCUCUGUGAAAGUCGACUUUUUCAGUAUCUCCUACCGGCAGUUAGAGAAACUUGUGGCAGAUGACGUGAGCGUUGCGAUGGAGCGGGUUUGUGGAAACCUGGAGCAGGAAAGUUCCCGGCUCACGCAGACGAUGGGAGAGACCCUGUUCGAGCUCUUCAUGUCUUUGAAGACCCUCAAGCGCUUCAGGGAGUUUCUGCCUCUCAAAGAUACUAAGAUGUUGGCUCUGACUGGAUUUCACAACUGGUUCAAGACCUCAAUUCACAAAUGGCUGCAGAUUGUGCAUGAUAAGUCUACUGAAAGAAUCCGCAAAGCUGUUGAAAUGGAUCAGUUGGAGCCGAUCGAUAGUCAGACAAAGUACAGCUCCUCGGCAGUUGAUGUUACAGCAUGCUUCAGCCAGGUGCGAGAGUUCUGGGCCCAGCUGGCGUGGCCCGAUUCAGCGGGAGCCUUCAUUUUCAUCACACGGCUGACGGACAAUUUCUGCAGCGAGGCAAUGUGUUACGCCGAGCUGAUCAAGCGCAAGAUUGAGAGGGACCAGCUGGGAAAAGACCACAAAAGCUUCAUCGUGCAGGUUUGCAUCGCAUUGAAUAGCACAGAGCAUGUGCGGCUGUUUCUGGGGGGUCUGCCGCGGGAGUUCGACUGGCGGGGGGUGGAACAGGCCAUGGAGGAGUCUUGCGGGUCAGAAGGGAAGGAACAAGUCAACAAGUCCUUGAACGGGCAGCUGUACAAUGCUGACAUUGACCUGCAGAGGGAGGCCAAACGUCUGAUCACGCACCUUACUGAUAAGAUGCUUCCUGAACUAAGAAGAUGCAUUCAACACAUCAGCCUUUCUCCAGACUCCAUUAACAAUGAUGAGGCUGUUGCUCCCCUGAUGAAGUACCUAGAUGACACUCUAGUCAUUUUCCAUGAGUCACUGGUUAAAGACAAUCUCACAAGGGUUUUGCAGAGCCUGUGGGAGCUGCUCCUGCGGAUGAUCCUUGACACUGUGGCAGAAAAUAGGGGCGUCCAGGUGGAAUUCUACACACGGUUCCAGUACACAGCAGAGGCACUGGUGCGUUUUUUUCACGCCGACGGAGACGGGAUGCUCCUGGAGGAUCUUAAAAGUGGAGAUUAUAAGGCCCUGGACGAGGAGCUGCGUCUGAACAAAUGCUCGUCCUUUGAGCUGAUCGAGCAGUAUUUCCUGGAGAAAAUCUCCCAGCAGAGAAUCCUUAAGCACAGUCGGUUCGGUCGAAUCAGUGUGAAGUGUUACUAUGACGCUCCUGAGCAAAGACUUACUGUUGAGAUACUGCAUGCAGCCGAUCUCAUUGCUCUGGAUGCUAACGGGCUCAGCGACCCGUUUGUCAUAGUGGAGCUCUGUCCUCACCAUCUCUUCCCCACGUCGCGCAGUCAGCGUACUCAAGUGAAGCUCAAAACCCUGCAUCCAGUUUUCGAUGAGCUUUUUUACUUCCAUGUCAGCCCAGAGCAGUACAGACACAGAUGUGCCUGUCUGACCUUCACUGUGAUGGACUAUGAUUGGUUGUCCACCAACGAUUUUGCCGGCGAGGCUGUGGCUCCACUGAGUGACUUCUGCUGGCCGGGCAGACCGAGCGCCACGCCUGCUGGAAAGACCCUUCAGCCUGUCAUCCUGCAUCUGUCCCGCCAAAAACCAAGCGAGAAGCCCAUCAUGAAGAUGCUGGAGGCUAGAGUAGGAGACCGAGAGGCACAAGAGUUUGUGCGGAAGCUGAAGGAGAUCGAGAAGUCAAUGGAGGAAGAGUAAUAUUCCCCCUAUAGUGCACGUACUGUUCUGUACUUCUGCUGGUGGUCUUUUUUACCUGUUGUACUAUGUUUACUCUUCAAGUUCAAACUCUUUUAAAUGUGUAUUUUUCACUGUUGUCCAAAAAAGGUAAAUGAUCAUGUUUGAAGAUCAGUAUUUUAUCACUGUUUUAAUGUUAAAGCCCUCCCGAUGGAGCUUGUUGUUAAUAGACUGUAUGAUUAGUAGUAGAAUUGUCUAUUUUAAAAGGAAGAUUUUUGAUUUGUAUUUUAACGUUUACCUGAGACGUAGAUUAGGACUUGAACUCAGUAAACCUGGAGCCUUGAAAUACUCAACGCGGUGACAAUAUACACAGAUGUUAACUUGAGGAAGAAGUACACUAAUAGACUUUCUGGAUAUGCGUUGGUUUUGAGAGGCCAUGUACACACUUGUCACUUCUGGUUUACAAAAGUUUACAUUAGCGGACAAAACAGAACAAAUGGCAUUAAAAAUUUGCUAAUUCAGGUGUGACUUCUGUAUUACGUACACACACAAAAUAAUGCUAAAGAGCACUGGUUCUCAAACUUUUCAGAUCAAGCACCACCUUUAAUAAAAUGAGUUGUUCCAAGUACCACCUCAUGACCGCCAUAAAAAACACAUGAAUUAAGACUCAUAUUAAAAGGAGAGCAGUGACUCUUUAUCUUUACACCUUGUCCUCCAAAUCUAAUGUAUUAAUAUAGAUACAAACACUUUUUCAUUUACCAUCUGUUUUUCCAUGUUUUUCAAGUUAGUCAGCAAUAGUGGACUCAAAACACUUUUGUGUAGUGCACUGUAAACAGAGCUCGUAAAUGACUAUUAAAGUCCCUGUGAACUAAAAGUUUUUACUUCCGUAUUUUGACGCAUUUCGUCUUUCUCUGCGAUUUGAUGUAUAAAAACAGCCACUUUCAAACAGUUCAAAGGGAGGAGUUAACAGAUGCUCCGCCCAAGCCGUCUAACAUACGACAUUUAAGACGGAUAGUCAUUACAGGAAGGAAGUCCAUUUUCAGAUGUAAACGAAAGAUUAUCAGAGCAUACAAAUUUUAAAAAGUUGACUCAAAUUCCUAAACUAUUUACAAUAAACGCUUGCAUAUUUCUUGAAAAAAUAGGCAUUGUAAGUUUUAAUUUCACCGGGACUUUAAGUGGGAUUUAUUAACUUUGUGCGGACUUGGAGAAAGACUACAAACCUAUAUUAAAGACAAACAAUGUUGAAAGAAUAGGCCUAUUUAACACAGAAAAAAUAGUAUCUGUAUACUUAAACAUCAAGAGAAGGGCUGAAUAUAAAAAACAGAGACUCACACAUUACUGCAGCGGCUUUUAUCGAAGCAGCACGUCAAAACUAAUCGUAACGCUUGCUUCAUUGAUUUAACCUUUAGUAGAUGCAGACGCGUGUUGAAUUAGCGCUUUAUUAGUGCUUUACAAUAAUAACAACAGCUUCAAACAGCUGUUCUAUUGCAGAAAUACAUACGAAACUUACAUACGAAGAGAGAGAAUGAGAGACUGACAAUCGUCUGUCUGCUUCUGUGUUUGAGCUGCCUGUCAUGAGCCUGAUGGCUGGAAUACACUACAAGACUUUUAAAAUCUGAACAGAAUAUCUUUAAACUAGACAUCAUACAAUUGCAGACUUUGUGAAAGUUUCAUAUAGCCUAGAAACACACUAAUCUGAAACACACUGAUCAAAUCUGCAGUCUGGCACAGACUUUCUGCAACAAGUCCAGUCUGAAACUCUGGGCAAAAUCUGAGCUUGUAGUGUAUUUUAGCCUUAAGUUACAUCGGCCAAAGAUGAAUAAACAAUAAUUCAUACAACUACAGUAUAUAAAAAUUGCACAUUGGCCGAGAUGUAUUCCCUAUUUCUAAAUCAUGUAUUUAACAUUAUAUAUUCAUUUACAUUUUGUGUUUUAAAUACAAUUUCUAGAGUUUUUAUUUCCCUGUCAUGUCACGUAUCCCAGAAGUCUCUUCAGGAACCGCGUACCACAGUUUGAGAACCACUGCUAUAGAGGAUUCACACUCAAAUGUAAAUUCAGUUCUCACUCCUGAAUCAUGUGUAUACCUGGCCUAAGCAAAAAAGUCAAGAAAAGUGUGAUGAAUUCUUCACGUAACCAUAAAGCAGAUAAUGAUACGAUAAUGUUGACUUUUUGGUUAAUGAAAGUAUUUUCUGUUCACUCUUAUCAAGGAAAAUACUACAGAAAAGUCGCUAAACUGUGAAUGUGAAGUAUUUGUCCUUGAAUCACACAAUGGAUUGUGUUGAGAUUUAACCGUAGCAUUUCCGUAAGAUGUUGUCUUUCCUGAAGAAUGUAUUUGUAAAUCCCAAGUGGUUCUUCGAGUUACGGGUGUCAGUGUUCAGAUAGUUCUCUUCUAUUGUGUUUCUCGCUGCCAAAGUUAAUCGUUUGCAUUGACAGUAAAACAGGUUAUAAUGUUACGACAUUUUACAUAUCGCAAAAGCUUUUCAGCACCACCUUUUGAAUGUCUAGGUAUUUUUGUGAUAAAAGCUGGACUCUUGUAAGAAUCCCUGUGGCAUUGAUCUCUUCUCUACAUUCUCUCGUAAUAUAGCACCUCUUGGUGUUGUACAUUUCUUCACCAGCAUUUCUCCUCUUUUGACCUUCACACUUGCGCUUCACCUCCUGGUGAGUGAAAACCAUGUGAUAUUAGCCUGAAGACCACAUUUGUUCACAAAUGAAGGCCGAAGGAUGGUGAAACAUACCGCAACACCCAGCAACAGUGAUGUUACUGCUCUACUUGAAACGUACUGAAGAAUGUGAUAUUAACAACAGCUCUCUGUCCUAUUUG